AUGGUGCUGAUCGCAGAUCUGCAAGUCUUGCCCUCGCCACCUGGCAACCAGAAGAGCAAGUGGAAGCACGUGGAUGCGGCAAUCAAAGUCAUUGCUGCUUCCAAGUUGAAGCACUCGGUGAACGCGCUGGGCACGGUAGUGGAGGGUCCUGCGUCCAAGGUUUGGGCAGUCUGCAGGCGGGCCUUCGAAGCGUGCUUGAAGUCGGGUGCCAAGUCAGAGCUCAU